AAAUUGUAGAUUUCAUGUGCUUUUGGUUGUCCACAUCUAUUACUUCAACUCUAAUACCACAAGCUAACUUCUUCUUCGUAUUGUUUUUCCUUUUCCUGUUAGAUACUCAUUUACAAAACUUCCGGAAAAAAAUGGAUUGCAGAAUAAGCUCUUCAAACCCUCCGAUUCUGCGCAAAUUUUCCUCAAGACAAGUAUAUUUUGCAAGUAAAGUUAUUGCUCUAUCUUCUUCUACUUCAAACCGACUAGAAUCUAUUUCCUCCACUACAUUUCCAAAAGCUGAUGUUUAUACUGUAAACUUCAAAACUUUGGGAGCUUGCAAGCUGGGCAUCUCAAGAUAUCCCGACUUCCAAUACAAUGCUCAGGGCGGAACAGGGACCGGGAUCGCUACUCGUAUAAAAAAGAGCAAUGAGAUUUCAGUUUCUUUUGACGUGAAAACGCUCUAUAUUCCACCAUUAACAAGUGCAACCACCAAGUUUUUAGGAUUGCCAAUGCCACCACUACUGAAGAUCGACAUAGCCCCUGAACUCUUUCAAGGCACCAUCGACACAGAUUCUGGAAAGGUUGAUCUUGAAUUCAUGGCCCAGUUCUGGUUUUCUGUUGGGAGCAUCUAUAAAGCUCCUCCUCUUCUUGUGAAGACAGUGUUGACUUCAGAUGAGUCAAACGGAGUAAUUCGCAGUGGACGAGGUGAAAGGUUGGAUGGAGAAGGAAAAUGCAGACUGGUUGGUGUGGCAACUGUUCAACCAAUUGAUGAUCUUUUCAUCAAUACUUUCCUUGGCCUUCCUACUGAAUGCCUUGCCGAUCUUAAUGCUUUUGUUUCCUUUUCUGAAUCUUCUUGAUCGUGUCAGAUACUACUUCACAAUCAUCCUAUGUAUAUUAUAGGUUAAAACAUUGAGAUUAACAACAAAAUAUAAAUGUAACGAGAAGAACACCCAAAAUGAGUGGGAAUCAAGGUAACAGUUGACAAUGAGCUGUUAACCAUUGAAAUUAUUCCUUUACAAUAUCUGUUUGCAGCUUUGAAUUAUAGCAAUCGCUUAUAUCUAAAA